UGCUUUAUACUUAAAGAUAGAAAUUCUAUCUUUUUAUUAUUAUUGCAAUAAAACUGAACUGUUUAAUCUUAUGAAGUGUUGCGAUAAAGCGUUAGUUUGAAAAAUACUCAUUUAGAUUAUUAUAAUGUAAUAAUCUAUUCCCUACUCGUGUAACCUACAACUUCUUUGUGCAUUAUUUGUACUUAUUAGUGCAUUAUUUUAUACAAACUGUUGGAAGAAUUAAUCUGGAGAUAAAUUAAUAAGGUGUAAGUACUUUAGUUGGUCAAGUGUUUCUAUAAGCUAGACAUCCAAUCUUCAUCCAUAAUAAGAUCAUGCCGGGAAAUAUAACACAAAUUAGUGAUAAUAAAUAGGAAGGAGGAUCCUCUUAGCUGUAGUAUAAAAUGGGGUACAAGGCGGUAUCCCAUAUCACUCUGCUUCUGUGCUUCUAAGCUUUAAGUUAUCUAGUUAAAGAAGAUAAAAAUUUAGAGUAAUCUAUAAGAAAAACUGUAAAUUGUUAUUCACGAUGCAUGCCUUCAUCACUCUUUGCUUCCUGGUUGUCGUCAUGUGUGCUUUCCAUUUCACUGAGGGAGCAUACAAGAAGCCGCCAUUUAACGGUUCCAUUUUCGGAAAGCGGGGCUACGUUGAAUAUGAUUCAACAGGAAGAGCCUUGUCUGCCCUCUGUGAAAUUGCCUCCGAAACCUGCCAGGCGUGGUAUCAAACCUUGGAAAAUAAUUAAUUUUAUAUAAUCUAUUCGAUUCAAAAUCUCUUAAAAAUAAUCAGUAUACACCAUGCCUUCUCAAUAUUCAAAUCAUACUUACGCAUUACGACAUUUGUAAAAUAUGUAUUUGAGCCGAGUUCUUAUGUAAAAAUUAAUAUAAUUAUUCUGUAGUCCAGUUAACUCUAUAGUCUUUUAUCUCUAAACCGUUUUUUUUACAAUUUUUUUUUUAAAUUAUGAACCAUUUUAUCUAAGCUGACACUGGACAAUAGGGAUAUUGUAUUCCUUGUUUUAUUUUUAAGGCAAUGUAUAAAAUAAAAUGAUGAUGUAAUAUAAUGACUAAAAGAUAAAUAAAGAAUAUCAAAAUAU